CAAUUCCCAGAAGACCUCAGUGCAGGCUCCUGGCCGGAUGCAAUCUUGGCUCCCAGCAGUGCAAGACCUGCUGCUGUGGAUUCUACACUAUGGCUUCUCCUAGCAAGGCAGUGAUUGUUCCCGGGAACGGAGGUGGGGAUGUGGCCACCCACGGCUGGUAUGGCUGGGUGAAAAAGAGGCUGGAGCAGAUACCUGGUUUCCAGUGUUUGGCUAAAAACAUGCCUGACCCAAUUACUGCUCGAGAGUGCAUCUGGCUGCCCUUCAUGGAGACGGAGCUGCAGUGUGAUGAAAAGACCAUCAUUAUAGGCCACAGUUCCGGGGCCAUUGCAGCCAUGAGGUAUGCAGAGACGCAUCAAGUAUAUGCUAUUGUAUUGGUGUCUGCAUACACAUCUGACUUGGGGGAUGAAAAUGAGCGUGCAAGUGGAUACUUCAACCGCCCCUGGCAGUGGGAGAAGAUCAAGACCAACUGCUCUCACAUCGUGCAGUUUGGCUCCACUGAUGACCCUUUUCUUCCAUGGACAGAACAACAAGAAGUGGCAGAUAAGUUGGAUGCCAAAUUACACAAGUUUUCUGAUCGAGGUCACUUUCAGAACACAGAGUUUCAUGAACUGAUUAGUGUGGUUAAGUCUAUGUUGCAAGUACCAGAAUAGUCAGGAUAACUCCUGCUAUCUUGCAUCCCAAUACAGGGGAAGACUAAUAACAUCUACUACCAGACCAUUAAUAGAUAUAAUCAACCAGUUAAGCUUCAAAAGUGCCUGGAAUACUCUCAAGUCUCAUUGUUCACACAAAGUUUCAAGCAACAUUUUCAUUUUCCAUAGAAUCUAAAACUUUCCCGUAUUGCUAUGAACUAGACCGUAUUUUCCCCAUUUGAUAACAGAUAAGGACAGUUAGCCACUCUAUUCAAAGUGAGUAAGUCAGAAAUGAAACCCAGUCUUCCUAAUUCUCAGUCUAGAUUAAAAUUUAAUUUUCAUGUAUGUUCUAGAGUGGGACUCUUACUCCUUAAAAUACAACUUGUUUUGUUUUGGGGGAA